AGGUGGGGAUUGGGACGGGGACGCCUGGACCGCAACACCCUCGGGAGCCCCCAUAUCCCCCGAGGUACAGAUGGGGAGACAGGCUUGGGGAGAGGCGACGUCGCCUGGUUCAUUCGGGAAGCCGGGCGGAACUGAGAGGGAAGCUGGGCCCUUGGCUUAAGGCCUCGGCUCUUCCUGGGGCAGCGCUCAGGGUGGCGGCCACAUCUGAGGACCAGAGCCACUUUGAGGAAUGAAGGCCUGUGACUUCCACUGGUCCAGCUGGGGCCAGUGACCAUCAUCAGCAUCUGAUAUUACCAGGAAGGCUUGGGGACCUGGGAGUGCUCAGGGGAGCCUUCUGCUGAGACAUGGAACUUUGGGGCCAAAUGCUGCGGGCCCUUGUAUCUGGCCUGGGGAGGAGAGGAGGCACUCAGGUCUGGGCCUUCAGCUCAUGGCAAACCCAUCUGCCUCUGGCUGGGUUGUUGAGUGCCACAGAGGUGGUCAGCUACUGGACGGCAGUCUUUGAGAAGAGGGGCAUCCCUGAGGCCCGGGCCUCCAGUGAGUACAUCGUGGCUCAUGUUCUUGGAGCCAAAACAUUUCAGAGCCUGAGGCCAGUACUUUGGACCCAGCCCCUGACCCCUUGGCAGCUACAGCACGUCAAGGAGCUAAGUAGCCGCCGAUUGCGAAGGAUGCCUGUGCAGUACAUCCUUGGUGAGUGGGACUUUCAGGGCCUCAAUCUGAAGAUGGCGCCCCCAGUGUUCAUCCCUCGGCCAGAAACAGAGGAGCUGGUUGAAUGGGUGCUAGAGGAGGUGACCCAGAGGUCCCAUGUGGUGGGAGCCCGAGGUGGCCCCCUCAUCUUGGAGGUGGGCUGCGGAUCAGGAGCUGUCUCCCUCAGCCUGCUGAGCCAGAUCCCCCAGAGCCGAGUCAUUGCUGUGGAUAAGGGAGAAGCAGCCAUCUGCCUGACCCAUGAGAAUGCUCAGAGGCUUCAGUUGCAAGACAGGAUUCGGAUCAUCCCCCUCGAUGUGACCUUAGAGGGGAGCUGGGCACACCUUCUGCCCUGGGGUCCCAUGGACUUGGUUGUCAGCAACCCUCCCUACAUCUUCCACCAGGACAUGGAGCAGCUGGCCCCUGAGAUCCGCAGCUAUGAAGACCCAGCAGCCCUGGACGGUGGGGAGGAGGGCAUGGACGUCAUCACCCACGUCCUGGCCCUGGCACCUUGGCUCCUAAAGGACUCUGGAAGCAUCUUCUUAGAAGUGGACCCAAGACACCCAGAGCUCGUUGGUAGCUGGCUUCAGAGCAGGCCUGACCUGUCCCUCCAUCUCGUGGCUGUGCGCAGGGACUUCUGUGGGAGGCCCCGGUUCCUGCACAUCCGGAGGUCUGGGCUACAGCCUGGCUGCCCCACAGACACCUGGCCAGGGCACUAGCCUGCCAGAGUGCCUGGCUGACACUUCUUCCUGGAAUGCUACUUGGAAGGAGGUGGAUGGCACCUUCCAGAACCCCAGAUCCUUGUGGCAUUCUCCAUGGCUCUGUGAUUCCCCAUGCUCUUCAUUUCUAGGAGACUUAGGGGUAGAAGCAAGGGUGAGGGUGUCCUUUCUGGGGUGGCAAAGAGCCAGGGCAUCCAUAGUUCGGCUCAGGAGCUGAGCAGACCCAGGUUCCCAGUCUGGCCUCAUCACAUGAUGGCCAAGAGCAGGUUGCCCAGUGUCUCUGUGGGUGGAAUUGCUCUGAGGACGUUGGGAGAUAUGGCCAAUAAAGUGUCAAGAGACCGACAAGUAGUGACCUAAUGUUU